CGUGCGACGUCUUGCCUCUCGUUGGAGUGCCAUUUGCAUAAGCCAUGUGUUGCUCGUGUUGCUCUGGUGAAACUGUUUGCCGUUUCUAUUCAGGUUCAUGUACUUUUUCCUUAUGAUCUACCUGCCUGUGGUAGUACUAGAGGAGUGCUUCACUUGUUCAGUCUCACACCUUUCGAGAAGCAGCGAUGGCACCGCACGAAAACAUCACGGCAUCGCAGCGCAUGAUCUGUUCAUGCACGGGCGCAUUGACGACGUCAUUUUUCGCUCCUUUCUCUUGGUGCACUCAAUAGUCACACCUUUGGACGUGGUCAAGAUACGGCUUCAAGCACAGCGGAAGCAGCUUGUUAGAAACAAGUGCUUCCUGUACUGUAAUGGCCUGAUGGAGCACAUGUGCUACUGUCUAAAUGGAAAUGGCAAUGGCCAGAAUGGACACCACACCAUGGGACCACCAAGCCAGUGGUACAAAAGACCUGGACACUUUAAUGGCACAUUGGAUGCAUUCAUAAAGAUAGCAAGAAACGAAGGUGUCACCUCUCUAUGGAGUGGCUUGCCUCCAACCUUGGUGAUGGCUGUGCCUGCCACUGUUAUCUACUUCACAGUCUAUGACCAGAUCCGUGAGUUCUUCAGUAACCAUCUCUCCGGACACAAGACUAUUUGGGCCCCUGCCCUGUCAGGUGGCCUUGCUCGAGUUUUUUCUGCCACUGUGAUUAGUCCUCUGGAGAUGAUUCGUACAAAAAUGCAAUCUAAGAGGCUGAGCUAUAUGGAAAUAGGACAAGCCGUGAAGAACCUCGUCAAGACCAGAGGUUUAUUAUCACUCUACGUAGGCCUUGGACCGACACUUCUGAGGGAUGUUCCUUUCUCUUGUAAGUGCUAGAUAAGGAAUGUGCAUGAC